UUAAAUAGUUGUGUUGGUUCGUGUAUUGCACUAGUAGAACAAACAUUGCUUGGUUUAUGCCUAUAUGUCCCUAUAUGUUUACAUACAGAAUAAAUAAUAUUUUAAUAUUAUUUGUGUAGAAUUACAAUAAAAUCAUAAUAUUCAAUUGAGACAAAGCAGCUCAUUUUGGACUUGAGCUUUAAAUAAUGUGUGACAUCAGUGUUUUGUCAUUAAAAUAGAGGAAAGUCACAACUACACAUUUAGUCAUAAAAGGCUCCGCAAAUAUCAGCAAGUAUAUGUUUUCAGGUAGUUCACUUAUUAGUGUGAACUUAUUAGUGUGAACUUAUUAGUGUGAACUUAUUAGUGUGAACUUAUUAGUGUGAACUUAUUAGUGUGAACUUAUUAGGGAGCAACUAAAACAAAUGGAAUAGGACAGAAGGCUGGCUAUGACGUUCGGCUGAGGAGGAACACCAGGCGGCAGAGCACGAGGCAGAACCUGAGGAGGAAUGCACUGUACAAGAAAGACUGAAUGGCAAAAAGACUGAUAAGACGAAAACAACUGAGUCCACAGCAAGAUGCUGAGAUUCACAUCAAAAACAAGACAGACAAACUGGGUCUUGAGGAGAGAUUUAUUAGCUCUUCUAAAGGACGAGGUGUAUUUGCGACUGCCAACUUUUCCAAAGGAGAUUUUAUCCUGGAAUACAGAGGCCAACUCUUAACACAAAAUCUCAUUCAAAACAUUAAUUCAGGAACAGUGUUUAUUUUUGAUUUUCAAUGGAGAGGGAAGUACUGGAGUGUGGAUGCAUCUGUUGAAGACAAAUCUUUAGGGAGGCUUGUAAAUGAUGAACACAAGAAACCAAACUGCAAAAUAAAAGUUGUUGAAGUAGAUGGAAUGCCAACCCUGUGCUUAUUUGCACUUAGAGAUAUUUUACCAGGAGAAGAAAUUAACUAUAAUUAUGGGGAUUCAGAUUGGCCCUGGCGCAAACAGGUUAAACCAGAAGCUUCCACUGCCAAGACUCUUCAGAAGCCUCUUAUAACUACAGGGGAAGAGAACUAUCCUGUGAAGUGUGCAAAGAGAGCACUGACUGCUAGCAGAGUUCAAGAAAAGAGAGAGGCUCCCAGGAAGUCUUUCACAAUUAUGGAGAGUGAGGAACAAGGAGAACACACUGUUUGUUGUAUCCAGAAGAGCCCUGAGACAGACUGCUCUUCCUGCCCAGUUAUAGACGAGGACAGUUCACAGGACAAGCCUUUGGGUGCUGCAGAAAACCAGAUGUAUGCAGAAACUCCCAUGAGUCACAUUGUGAGGGAUAAGCAGACCGUUUCUUCACGUCAGACAAAAGGAAGGACUAGGUCACUCGAAAGGCCUCUUGGAAUUACAGAGCGUAAGGAACAAGGAGAACACUCUGUUAGUUGCAUCCAGAAGAGCCCUGAGACAGACUGCUCUUCCUGCCCAGUUAUAGACGAGGACAGUUCACAGGACAAGCCUUUGGGUGCUGCAGAAAACCAGGAACAAGGAGAACACUCUGUUAGUUGUAUCCAGAAGAGCCCUGAGACAGACUGCUCUUCCUGCCCAGUUAUAGACGAGGACAGUUCACAGGACAAGCCUUUGGGUGCUGCAGAAAACCAGUGUGGAACUGCAGAACAUGUUCCGAGAACAGAUAUGAAACAGAGUGCUUUGGAAAAGCACCGUGAAAUGCUCUUGCUUCAGCGUGCAGAACUUUCAUGUGAAAUAUCCAAGAUAGACAAAUUGUUGGAUUCACCAUCUCCUGGAGCUGACAGCCGUGGUAGCAACUCCUUACUUGGUACUGAAGACUUAGAGAGAACCUGCUUCAUUCAGAAGAAUGUGACAUGUCAAGUGAUGAUGAUAAUGAUGACUAUGAGCCUGUAGACCCAGUGACAACAGAAUCUGUUAAGCCUGCAGUCCCAGCUACUGGUCCUGACACUUUGGCAUCUCCUGUAUCAGCUGUGACUCCCAAACAAGAUGCAGCAAGAAAGCCAAAACGUAAGUGGCAGGCCUCUGAGGUAUGUGCAGUAGAGCGGCAUCUGAUGAGAUACAUCCAAACUGGUAAAGUGCCUCAGAAGCUAGACUAUAUCCAAUGUUUACACGCAGAAUCCCACGCGCUCAGCGAUCGAUCAUGGACCGAUGUGAAAAAUUUUGUACGCAACAGGAGCAUCACCUUAAAGAAACAGUUCAGCUCAGCUUGUUAGGGCAAAAUUGUGUUAAUAUUGUUGGUGUAAUAUUUGUUCUGCAACACAUAUAAAGCAAGAUGUCAUAUUUAGCCAGAUAAUUAAACCUUUACUGAAUUUUACCAAAAGCUUAUUGAACAGAAAUUGUGUAAAGUAUGUGUACAGAUAUCUGGGUAACUUUUGUGAAAUACUCCCAGCUUUUUACUGUCGCAGUUUUGUAAUGAAAUGUAAUUCAGACAGACCCACAGCACUGUGCAAACGUCUUGUGGAUAACUAUUUAUCUUGGUAGUAUAGAGUUU